ACGCGCUCUCCGCAUUUGAGACGCGCUUUCUGCAGGAGCGUCGCGUACUGCAGGUUAUGCGAGAUUUACUACACGUCCACAAAUAGACGAUUGACCUCAUUGGGCAGUUGUACUCUCGCUUUAACUGACAUACUCACGGGCAGGUUGCUCAAACGCGACACUGAAGCGAAAGGCAGCUGCUAUGGAGACCGAGAGCGCAUCGGUGCCCGUGAGGACGGUAAACACGCGCGGGUGUGACUCAGUGCGUCUUCUGUAGGGCAAACGCGACCGUGGGUUUCUCUUCUGAAGGAUGGGCUACUCAGAUCCGACAGCUAGUAGAGAUCUGUUAGGAAACAGAUCCUUGUGUUUUAUUUUCAUAUGUGCUUUUGGACUGGUCACCUUAUUGCAGCAAAUCCUCUAUGGCAAGAACUACGUUAAAAGUGGGCAACAGUUUUCCCGCCUCAAAGGAGAGGAGGUGGGCAACUGGAGCGGGCUCAUUAGUUACCCCGAUGAAGGAGGGAUGAAGCCGGCCAGAAAUGGGAGGAAAAGAUGUGUCCGUCAGAAUUUUCAGCAUUCUGAGGCUCAGAGCUCCGUAGUUAUCACGCCCUGCCUAGCUGAUAUUCAGAAGAAAAAAAAAGAAAAGAAAAGGUAUCUGGAACGCCCCGAUGGCUCUUUGGAGUUCAACUCCACUUCCUGCAAGGAACUACGGCAAGAAAUCACAGAUGUGAAAGUACUGACCAUGGUGAAGACAUCAGAGCUGUUUGAGCGAUGGAGGAACCUGCAGGUGUGUAAGUGGGAGCAAAACAAGGAGCAGGCGGAGAACUUCAGAACGUCUCUGUCCCGUUGCUGCAAUGCCCCCUCCUUCCUGUUUUCCACAAAGAGAAACACUCCCUCGGGCAGCAAACUGCGUUAUGAGGUGGAUACGAGUGGAAUCUUGCACAUCAGCCCGGAGAUCUUUAAAAUGUUCCCUGAUGACAUGCCCUAUUCCAAAUCCCAGUUUAAGAAAUGUGCCGUCAUCGGGAACGGCGGCAUCAUCAAAACAAGCAAAUGUGGACGAGAGAUUGAUGCAGCUGACUUUGUCUUCCGAUGUAAUAUUCCUCCCAUCUCAGAUAUGUACAGUGAAGAUGUGGGAUCUAAGACUGACCUUGUUACAGUAAAUCCCAGCAUUAUUACUGAGAGGUUUCAAAAGUUGGAGAAAUGGAGAAAGCCAUUUUACGACGUUCUGCGGCAUUACGAGAACUCCUCAGUGGUUUUGCCGGCGUUCUAUAACACACGGAACACAGACGUGUCGUUCCGCGUGAAGUACAUGCUGGAUGACUUCGAGUCAGCCCGUGGCGUGUUCUUCUUCCACCCGCAGUACCUGCUGAAUGUGCAGCGCUUCUGGGCCGUGCAGGGCGUCCGCGCCAAACGCCUCAGCAGCGGCCUGAUGCUGGUCACCGCGGCCAUGGAGUUAUGCGAACAAGUGCAUCUCUACGGCUUCUGGGCAUUUCCCAUGAACCCCUCCGGAAUCUUCAUAACACACCAUUACUAUGACAAUGUCAAGCCCCGCCCCGGUUUCCACGCCAUGCCGUAUGAGAUCUUCAACUUCAUGCACAUGCAUGCUCGCGGCAUCGUGCACGUGCACACGGGCCCCUGCAGGUGAAAUGUCCAAGCGUCUCUGCAAUCUGAUUGGUCCGUUUUGUAGAGCUCCUCCCAUUCACUGGCGCUACGGAACUCAGACUUAUGUGCGUGUGCGCGAAACGCUGCCUUAAAGGCCAGGCAUUUUAUUACUACGUGUUUUUUCAAUAUCGUGUCGGGACAGUUGCAAAACGGUAUGUGUUUCCUGUUUGGUGAUUUUCCGUAAUGGUGUCGUAUUUGUGUAUCAGAGCAAAUAUCACGUUUUAAACUUUGCGAGGAGGCGCCAAACCAGGCACAAUGCAAUAGAACGCAACAGAUGAGUUCUGGAAGUAAAAACUUUUUAAUGAUAAACCUUUUAAGACUGACCUGUUGUGAACUCUGUGGUUAUUCAUCGAUGGUAAAUGCUUUUGCUGAAGCCAUCUGUUCGCAUUAAUUCAACGUAUUUUUAAAAUAAUAAUGUUUAAAGGUACAGUCAUUUUUUUGACUGUACUAAAGCAUAAAAAUACCAUAAUAUGUUUGCAGACAUUUAGGAAACAUGCUAAGUUCACAUACGUGUUUCUCUGAAAAUGCUACAGCCAACAGCCUACAGCUUUGAAAUGUGUGUUCUGUGUCAGAAUAUCUGUUUUUGUUUUGGUCUGUGUGAUUCCAGCCACCGCCAGUUUAACCAAUAGUAUUUCACCACCCUGGAUUGCCAGUUGGCAGAAAACACAGCAUGUUGUAGCAAUGGAAGCCAGCAAACGAACUGGGUCAGAGAUCGCAGAUCCCAACCUAAAAAGCCUCGGUAUUCAUCUGAAAAGCUCUAUGACCAGAGGAAUAUUAAAACGCAGAUAAAUCAACUCGUCAACUCACUCGCCACCUUCCAUUGUUAAUUGCACUCGUUCUUGUUGAGAGUCCUCAAUCUGGCAACCCGCUGAGCGUCCAGCAUCUCUCCGGUAUUUAGAAUUUGGACUGCAGUACCCAUUGCAGCCACAAGCUGUCAGUAUUACAGACUACACCUUUAAUAGCUGAAUUCGUUGUGAAAAUCUAGCUCCCCCCACUCCCAAAGAACUACGAAUGAUGUAGUCUGUCAACCUACACGUGUGUGUAUAUCAUAGACUGUAUAAAAACAUGGACGUCGUGUCCGUGACGUCACCCG